UCAGUUAUUUAAACAUUGAAACUAAUAUUAAAAAAACUCAACAAAGAUCAACUAAUUGCAUGUGAUGUAUAAAACGGCGUUUUUUAUUAUUAGGGACACUAGUAUUUAAUUAGAUUCUAUUCCAAACAAGCUAUUUGUUUAUUCAAUUUAAUGGGUCUAAGACUUUACUCAGUAAUUUCUUAACAAAUAUAAUAACUUGAAACAGAAUGGGAGAGAAUUCGAAAGAGAACGUGCCGAACAAUAAGGAAAAUGAUAACAUCAAUCAGGAACAAGAGCCUGUACUACCAGAAAUGCAACCUACAAUCAUAAAUACUCCUGAGCCUUUAGAAAAGGACUUUAUAAAUAUUAUAGAAGAUAUUUCAACAAAUAAACAGCAAACAUUGAAUAUAAAGUCACCUAAAUCAUCUUUAACAUUGUGUGCUUCUAAAAAUAUUUUUGCAUUACCAAAAACAAACACAAGUCCGCUUCGACCAUUACCAUCAACCUCGCAUAAUGCAACGACGUCAAGAUUUUUUAAUACGCCAUGCACGACAGAAAUACCAACUCUGUUUCAGCUUUGUAUAACACAAUUAAAUAAAAGUUCAAUAAGUCUCUCCGCUUACACCAUUCCCAAGACGAACCAACAAACUGAAAAUGCUGAAGCGAAUUCUGCAGAUUUAUCCACUCCGGAUUCACUUACUAGCGCACCACCUUCUUAUUCCUUUGUAUUAAGGCAAAUGGAUUUAAGACGUAGACCAAGACUUUUAGGUACUUUUAUACCUUCGCCGUCUUUUAUAGCAAAACCUCCACCACCUACUUAUGCUACAGCUUUUGAUAUUUAUGUUGAUAAUCCUAUACCACCUCCUCCGAGAAUAUACAACUAUGGUUUUACAUCAAUGCCUGUUAUUUGUCCUGAAUGUGGAUAUACUGGGAUGAGUAUGAUUACUGCAAGAGUUACGAUUUGUACACAUUUAUGUGCGGUGGCAUUGUGUGUUUUUUGUUGUUGGUUUUGUGUGCCAUUGCCCUAUGUUUUGCGUUCUUGUAAAAAUGUUUAUCAUUAUUGUAGAAAUUGUCGUACUUUUUUAGGAAUGUAUUGUCCAACUAAUCCCGAAAAUGUCUAUUGAACUGAAAAAAUAAA